AUGCCUUCGAGUCCUGCUCCCGAGUCCCGCGGCGAGGACUAUGGCGAGGAAUGGGCUCACGACCUUCGGGUCAAGUUUGAGGGCUUGCUGCGCGACAAGCGCAUGACUGACCUUCGCAUGUCAUCCCGACAAGGCUCGCCAAACCCUCGAGAGCGAGCCUCAAGCUCCAAUCUGCGUGCUCCUGCGUCUCCCAGUUUAAACAGCCGGCCAUCCACUUCUCAAGGCCAAGCUCUGCCCUCGUACUCCGCCCUCCGCCACCUUCCCAUGAUGCCCACUGCUCCCGAUGUUGGCGACCGCGACUCACAAAAAUUCCGAAACCUCCUCAUCAGCCUAUCCCUAACCCCGACCAAGUACGAAAACCCUGGUUUACUGGAUGAGGCCCUCCAGACCAUCCCUCUGGAUCGCAUCUACGGCGAGGCUGAGGAAGAGACUCAAAUAUUUCGCGCUCAAGCUGAGAGCAUGGGUGGCGGACAGCGACCAGAAUGGGGUUACCAAGACUGUGUCAUCCGAGCACUCCUCAGAUGGUUCAAGCGUUCAUUCUUCACCUGGGUCAACAACCCACCCUGCCCCGUCUGCCUCUCCCCCACCAUUGCCCAAGGCAUGACUGCCCCAUCACCAGAGGAGAACGCCUGUGGUGCCCUCAGAGUUGAGCUCUACCGGUGUUCUGUUCAAACAUGCGGCGCUUAUGAGCGAUUCCCUCGAUACGGCGAUGUCUGGAGAUUACUUCAAACCCGAAGGGGCCGAGUUGGCGAAUGGGCCAACUGCUUCAGCAUGCUCUGCCGUGCUGUUGGCGGCCGAGUGAGAUGGAUUUGGAACUCGGAAGACCAUGUGUGGACUGAGGUCUACUCAGAUCACCAAAAGCGAUGGGUCCAUGUUGAUGCCUGCGAGGAGUCUUGGGACAACCCACGGCUCUACUCGAACGGAUGGGGCAAGAAGAUGUCUUACUGCAUUGCCUUCUCCAUUGACGGCGCUACCGAUGUGACGCGACGAUAUGUGCGCAAGAACGAGGCUGCUGCCGAACGCAACCGGUGUCCCGAGGAGGUUCUCCUCUACAUCAUGCAGGAGAUUAAGAACAUCCGCCGAGAAAACAUGAGCAAAGACGAGCGGUUCCGCCUCGUGAGGGAGGACAACCGGGAAGACCAAGAGCUCCGAGGAUACGUGGUGGCUUCCAUUACCCAGGCCGUUACUUCCAUUGUCCCUGGAGGCUCCAGCUCUUCCGCAAGCGCCGGCCGACCCCCCGCCUCAUCUGGUAACGACGCCAAGGUGCCUGCUGAGCAACCUGGCCGACAGACUGGAUCCGCGGAGUGGCUGGCUGCUCAACAACAGGCCGAGUCCCGGCGGUAUCAACCCCGCGAUCCCAGCCAUCGACGACCUCUCCCUUGA